AUGCCUGGCUCUUCCCUUUGGCUUCUGCCUCCACUGACGCAUCCCCUCUACUCCAUCCUCACGAAGCUCAUCAGUUCGACCCUCCCCUCCAAGUGCCCCUCCGAAGCUGCAUCAUCUCCUAAAGUCAAACCGCAUUUCUUCUCCCCCCACAUGACCCUGACCAGUGAUGUCCCUCCCUCUGUCUACGGGUCCGACCCACAAGCAUGGCUCGACUCGAUCCCCUUCCCUUCUGCCGAACACGUCAAGGUCCGUUUCGGCAAGGUGAAGAGUCAGGAUGUUUUCUAUAGGCGGUGUUACAUAUCUGUCGGGUACGAGGGCGUCAAAGACCUUGCGGGGGUUUCGAGGGCGAGGGGAGUGUUUGGGGAAGAGGACGAACGGGGCGAGAAGACGAAGGAAUGGUUGGAGUGGUGGAGGAAGCAGUUUGGGCCGCAUGUUAGCUUGAUGUAG